GCGGAAUUAAAGUCCGCAAGAGCACUUGAGGAUUGCCCGGUUUUGUGACUUUGCCUGACAUCGUGACUACUAAGAAUGGAGGACGCUGGACUGAAUGACGACAAUGUGGACACCGAAAAGGAGCUGGCUGAAAAGCAGUGGAAGGCGCUGCAGUUGGCUGGGAAACAGGGAGGAAUGCAAGAAGGGGUGUUCGUCGGCCGCAAUGAUGAAGACAGCUUGCAGAAGUAUUUCGAUGACGGGUUUUAUGAGUGCGUGCCUAUUUCAGAACGGCUCGGCCGUCUGCAGGGAUUGACUGGAUCAUUGCUUGCGUGCAAGAAAUCAACCCCCCACGGAAUGAAGGCCCUGGCGGCGAUGGACGACCGGCUUAUGGGCGAACUGAACACCAUCUAUGCAGAGGUUGGGGUGACGCUGUAUGUCCCAACCGAGUUGUCGCAGGACCAUGCGCUUGCUAUUAAAAAAGUAGAAGCUCUGGAAGCCAGGGUACGCACUCUGUUAAAGACGUUGCAGUUGCCGAAUCUGCUGUAAGUCACGCGACGGAAAAGUAGUGGGAGUCUGAUAGUUGUGCAGUGUGAUAGCUGCCGUGUAGCAGUAGUUGAAGCGACGAGUGCCAGGAGUCUCAGUUAAGUGCAGCAGUGGAGGGGUACAGUAUGAGUGAAGAGAGCUACAGUGCAAGAUGUUCAGGGUUUGGUUCCCAGCUACGUAGGUGAAUUGCAUGUAUCCCACCUGACGUGCUUUAAGUAAGGUGUCCCAGUUGAGAAAUGAAUGGUAGGGUGGGGAUCGAUGGUAUGUGCAGCAUGAGGUCAGUAUUGAGGCUAAAGCCCAUCCACCUGUUCAGCAAAUUGUAGGAAUGCGUAUAACCGUCGGCAAAAAAAAAGGGCACCGGAAUUAACGCGCGGUACCGGCCUAUCUCUUGCUGGAUGAAACUUCUCAUUAUAUUGUCGCCACUCGAGCUGUCAAUGUAUGGCGUUGUUGGAUGAUUGCGAUCCAAUACGUCGCUUGUAGACUGCCCCUUGUCGCGCGAAUGACUUGGGCCUGGCUGAUAUAUACGUAGAGUAGCCGAAUGGGGCGAUAUAAAGCUAAUGAGUCCAGAUUGGGUUAUCUCUAAUAUUACAUAUAAUCUAAGGUACCGGAUGAGGGAGCGUCUCAGACCACUUUUAUCUAUACCUAUUGUGGAGAUUGUUGCUGUAACGCGAAGAUCUAUUGAGUAAGCGAUUUGGGAUACACAUUAGCCGAGGGUGGUUGGCGUACAAGAAACUCUCCCGGGCUUUAGCGCGAAGGCUCGCUGAUGUAUUGCGAGAGUCUGAUACUGCGAAGUGUUGCGAGUUUGGAGGUGCACGAAUCGCGGACCACGGGCUGUGCAUUGGUUGUUGCAUACUAUACUAUUCUGUGCUGUCUCAUGUCGUUGAGAUACGAACAAGUAGUCAUUGUCUGUAGGUGACGCCAUCAGAUGGUCCGUGAGAAUCAAUAAGGCUGGGGCACUCAAGAUGUGUAUUAUCGUAUGUGCAUCUUAUCAAGUUGAGUUUGACAAUUGUCGCGGUCUCGACUAACCUGAAAUCUAACAUAGAAACGAAUGCGAGACGGUACGGAUCAUCGGGUCAACCGGAUCUGUACCCAAAACAUCGAAGCAGCGAUAGACUGGAUCUGACAACGAUCCGCGUGGGAUUGGGAUUCACAAUAAUAGCUUGUAUGUAAUGGAAUUCAAAAUAAUAGCAUGUAUGUAAUGGAAUUCAAAAUAAUAGCAUGUAUGUAAUGGAAUUCAAAAUUAUAGCAUGCAUGUAAUGGGAUACAACUGCGUCAGACCCAAACAUAUCAGACCUGCAGACCAAGGAGGGUGGGUUUUGGUUGAACAAUCAAUUCUCGCCUCUCACUUUGGUGUCUGUUAGAGUAAGUUGUUCAGCUUGUGCGGGCCGUAUAGUACGUGACCAGUAUCUAUGUCUCUCAAACUGAUGGCGAGCCAGUCAUCGAGUAACAUGUAUUGUCCGAUGGGUGUCUUAAUAUCUUCGAAUAAAAUUGGCAUGCAUCAGA